AUGGAUUGUCAACUACUCCUUAACGAGGAGGCCACCUCCUUCAAGCCGCGGAGAGAUACUAAAAGCAUUGGGGGCUUUUGUGACCAAUACUCGCUACGGCGACACAAUAAUGAAGACAAGGCAGACGAGGGCUGUCUCCGGCUCAGAGAAGAUUGGCAGACAUACAUUGGUCCGAUAGAACGCUGGGGGAGCUGCAAUCCAUUCGAAGGCAAUUUUGGGUCGGUGGUUUUGCCUAUGUGCAACCCCGAUCGGCUCGCGUUGGUCUGCUAUAUCUUCGAAUACGCAUUUCUCUACGACAACGUACUUGAAUCGGUGUCAAAAGCGCAGUUAGACUCCGGAACGGAAAACCUCGUUUUAAGCGAAACAGACUACCGCACCGUGCGAUCAGGAACCGGCACAAAGCAAAUACAAUCGAAAAUGCUGUUGGAGCUCCUGGCCAUCGACAAGCCCUGCGCCGAAGUUUUUAUACAGUCCUGGAAGGAAAUGGUUGCCACGACUGCAUCUCGGGACAACACCUCCCUGUUCGCUACGCUUGACGAAUAUGUUGACUAUCGAAUUAUUGAUACCGGUGCACCCUUCGUUUCCAAACUCAUGUGUUUUGGCAUGGGCAUUCUUCUUACUGAAGAGGAAUGGGAGAUGGCCGCUCCAAUAACCAGAUCAUGCUUCGCGGCACUCGGACUAGUCAAUGAUUACUUCUCAUUUGACGUCGAGUGGGAUGAGUAUGAAAGAGAGGGAAAAGGCCAGAGCAAUACGGCAAUGACAAGUCUUGUUUGGCUCUAUAUGCAGUGGGAAAAUCUUUCGAUACCGCAGGCAAAGGAAAAAACAAAGGAAACAGUUCGCCGAUAUGAAGCUGAAUACUACGAGAAGGUGGAGGCGUUCACCUCCGACCGGGAGAAAUGCUCGACCAACUUGGCAAGAUAUUUGAAGGCGCAGGCAUAUCAAAUCCCAGGCAAUGUCGCUUGGAGCUUGCGCUGCCCGCGCUACCAUCCCGAGCUCUGUCCUGAAGCUCAGGAUGCCUUAGACGCCCAAGCCAACCAGAGGAGGCAAUGCACCGAAGAAAAUUUUGGAUCCAAUAAAUCAUCCGAUGCUCAAGAGAAAUAUGUUCUUGAUCUCUCUGAAAACUCCAACUCCGAAACCAGUCAGGCAUCCUCGGGUGGUACACCUAGAUCGAGUCUGUCGAGCAGCUCAUCGGUGCAGUCUGAUGAUGACUCGACCGAUUUGUCUAAAUUUGAAAGCCGGGCCACUCUUGGCGACGAGCCCUUGCAAGCCCCUUUCAAAUACAUCACCUCUCUUCCUUCCAAGGGGGUCCGUGAAGCUCUAAUUGACGCCCUGAAUGUCUGGCUUGUACUCCCAGUCUCAAUUGUGCACACCAUCAAAGUGAUCGCGCAGAAGCUUCACAGUUCAUCUCUCAUGCUGGAUGACAUUGAAGAUUCUUCAGAUCUUCGACGUGGCCACCCUGCGACCCAUACAAUAUUUGGAGCGCCUUCCACGAUUAACAGCGCCAAUUUCUUGCUCAUUGAUGUUAUGAAUGACAUACAAAAAUUGAAUAAUCCGCGUUGCCUGGGAAUCGUUAUAGAAGAACUUCGCAAUCUAUUCAUUGGACAAAGCUUUGACUUGCACUGGACACAGCAAGGCGAGUGCCCUUCUGAGGCAGAGUAUCUUGAAAUGAUAAAUCAGAAAACUGGCGGUUUGUUUCGAUUACUUGCCCGCUUGAUGAAUGAAUGCGCAUACGAACUACACAAGAAAACAAUUUCAUUGGAUCUCCUCACCGUGCUCGGACAGUAUUUCCAAAUUAGAGAUGACUAUAAGAACUUGACUGACGAUGCGUAUACGACUGGCAAGGGCUUCUGCGAAGACCUUGACGAGGGCAAAUUCUCAUUCCCGCUCGUUCAUGCUUGGAAUUCCAACCCACAAGACCUAAUACUACGGGGUAUUUUGAAGUCAGGAAGGUCCUCAACCUCGUUGUCUAUUUCACACAAAAAGGCUAUUAUGGCACAAAUGGACAAGCACGGAAGCUUACAAUACACAUUGCGAACCUUGAAGGGUCUGGAGAAGGGCAUCCAUGAAGAACUAGCGCGCGUCGAACAAGAGUCCAGUUCCGAGAAUUGGAUUAUGAGAUUAUUGAUUCAGAAGUUGAUAGUAUAG